AUGGCACAAGAAGACUGCGCCCUGUCGGAGUCUGAUGUUGACGUUAGCAGGGGUGAGCAGCCACUCCUCCAUGUCACAGAAGUUGUUGACGGGAAUGUGAGUGAUGUGAGUGUCAGAGUAAACACUCCUGGCCGCCAGCUGCUGCCAGCUUUGAUCAUCGCUUGUGGGCUGAUUGGAGCAUGCUGGUUCCUGCCACAUCAGCAGAUGCUGCGGGGUGGUAAGUUGGAGCUCACCGAGCUCAGUGUGCUACUCUUUGAGCCUGUGGAUGGCGGUUUGACCAGGGCCUGCCGCGGAGCCAGUGUGACUGACAAUUCGCCCACAAACUUCCAGCUGAGCUCGGCUGCAGAUCUGGCCUUCUGCCAGUGGCUGUGCCUGAAAACGACUGGCUGCGAAGGCGUGGAGUACCACCCUUCCAACUGGCGUUGUGAGCUCUGGACUAGGCCUGGUGGCAUUGAAGCAUCAGCGUACUUCGAAUCCGCAGAGUGCUAUCGCCGAGUCGCCAAUUUCGAGCCAGUGGACGGCGGUGAAAACAGGGCUUGCCGAGGGGCGACAGCUUCCGACAACAACCCGGCCCACUACGUGGUUCACCCCCAUGCUUUAUUGGACGAUUGCGAGCGGCAAUGCCUUGCGACUCCUGAGUGCAGGGGGUUCGAGUACUCAACGGGAAGAUGCGAGGUUUGGGUGCGAGGAGAUGGAAUUCAGUCAUCCGUGGAAGUGACCGGCUUCAAGUGCUUUCGAGUCGCGCUGGCAACCACGGUGACAGCCACGGCCACGGCCACUUCGAGCUCGCUCACUACGACCACCUUGAGCACUGUUACACUGACAGUGUCAACAACUUUCUCCACAACUGUCAGCUCCCUUGCUACACCAGCUGACCCGGUUCCUCUGGAUCUAGUCUUCCGGCCUGUGGAUGGCGGGAUGAACCGCGCGUGCCGUGGAGCCGAUGCCAAUGACAAUUCAGCAAGCUACUUCCAGGUUUUCACUGUCACGGGCAUGGACGACUGUCAAAGCCGCUGUCGGGAAACUUCAGGCUGCGUUGGCAUCGAGUUCAUCAACACGCGCUGUGAGGUCUGGACUCGCCGGGCCGGCAUUGAAGCGAGCUUCGAGCUGGCGAACUACCAAUGCCUGGAGGCCCUGGCGUUCCAUCCGGUGGACGGCGGAAAUGACCGGGCCUGCCGCGGUGCAAGUGUCACGGACAAUUCCGCGGACUACUACGUCGUUUUCGAUGAGACAUCGCUUGACGGCUGCAAGGAUCGAUGUGCAGAGACGGAGGCCUGCGUGGGGGUGGAGUACUCUUCCGGACGCUGCGAGGUCUGGACCAGGUCCGGAGGCAUCCUGGCAUCGGCUUCAGUGACAGGCUUCCAGUGCUACCAGCUCAGCAGCCCUCUGCGGCAAGAGCUUCUGGCACAGGUCGCUGCAUCAAACUGGGAAGUAGUGGGGGGCGGUCUUGACCGGGAGUGCCGUGGCGCCGAUUGGGAUGACGACUCGCCCGGGUAUUUCUCCGUGGCACAUGCCAGCUCUUUGGCUCGAUGCCAGGAGCGCUGCCUGGAAAUCACGGUCUGCGUGGGUGUCGAGUACCGAAUUGGUUACUGCGAGCUCUGGACGCGGCCAGAGGGCAUCGGGGCAACGAUGCAGAGGAGCAGCUCCGUAUGCCUGCGCCGACCAAUUGACAUCACUGCCCCACCAGCGAGUGGUGCACCGCGCACCAAGUACGUGGUGCACUACAUGCCGUGGUUUUUGGGUGUCAAGUCACCAGGCGUGUAUGACCAUUGGUGUGUUGGUAACUCCUACUACGAGAGCUGGCUGGGGCUCUAUAACCAGAACCAGCGGGAGAUUGUCGGGCAGCAGCUGGACCUUAUGAAGUCCAGUGGCAUCGAUGGCCUGUGGAUCGACUACCAGCUCACCUCCUGGGACAGUGUAGUGGACAUGAUCAUCGAUGAGCUCGAGGCUAGGGGCAUGGGGGUGGCCAUCGUGGUGGACAACGCCGUGAACAACAACAUCUUUGUUGAGGCGCAGGUCAAGCUGAUCGAGUGGGUUGGUCGGCCCCACUACUACCGACACAACGGCAUCCCCGUGGUGCCUGUGUUCAAUGAUGUGGAGAUCAACUUCCUCGCCCUCCCGUUUGAGGCGUACUACAUGACGAGGCGCGAAGUUCCUCGGCCUGACUGGGCUAACGGCACAUACCCGUGGAUCACUGCCGACCUGGAGUGGCUGCAAGACCACUACCAGCAGGAUCACAGCCUCUCCUCCUUUGCCAUCGGAGCAGCAUACCGGGGCUUUCGUGACUGCUACAGCAACCGUGUACUGCAUGUUCCAUUCUUGCAAAUGUUGGAGCCUUCCCUCCUCGUGACCAGCAAAUACCAGCCAGAGUUUGUCCAGAUCUUGACCUGGAACGAUUACAGCGAGGGCACGAUGGUCGAACCCAGCUGGCUCCGUACCCAUGGAUCCUGCCACCAGACUUGCAGUGAUUCCUACACACCCUGUCCCACCAGCUACGACUGCUUCUCGGGCCUGGAGACCCGGGAUUGUGACAAGCCCUACGGUAGCCCCUUCGGUCCAACAGAUCCUGCCUGCACUUCCACGUACAACAAGAGCGCGUAUAGCGACUUGGACAGCUUGAAGCAGCACAUCGAGCUGGAGAAAUCCGGACUGCUCAAGUCCAUCUUCCACACUGGGCUCUUCACACCCAGUGCGAGUGCAAAGGGGCCAGGCUGGUACUCAAGAGGCCAUAAGAGCCAGCCUGAACCCACAAACUUGCAAAAGUCCGAGUUAGUAAUGAAAUGA